AAUGGGGUAUUAAAAAAAUGGGGGGGAAAAAGGGCCGCCCUCCAGCUCAGCGCGGCUGCUGCCCAGAAAGCGAAUGAAUAAGGCGGCGCAGACUAGGGCGUCCGAUCCACGCGCGCUCCGCUCCAGGACCCUCUCCAAGUUGGGAAGGACAAAAAAGAAGGCAAUAAAUGCUAACAAGGGAGAGAGAGGAGCCGGAUCGAGCGGCAACUCCCAGCCUCCGCUGGAGGAGUGAGGGAGGGAGCCGGGGAGAGCGAGCGCGCGCGAGGGCGAGCCAUGCACGGAAAGAAACUGACACCCGGACCCCCCACUUCUUCUGCACGUUGCUGGCAAUCAGAUCGCGUUUAAGCAAUUUCCUGAGCCCAAGAAUAGCAAUGAGUCGGGAGACUUUCGCGGGCUGAAAUUGGGAGCUACAAGCACUUUUCCCCAGACUUUUUUUUUUUUUUUUUCUGGAGAAGGGGGUGGGGAGCGCUACAAAUUUGGAAACGGCGUUUUUUGUUCUGUUUUGGUUUUUGGUUUUGGGUUUUUUUUUUAAUCUUGCACUUUGAAACCGCGGGACUGUAGCACGGUGCGCGCGUGUGAUGAUGUAUCUGGUGGCGAAAGCAGCCGUCGGACUGGUGCUGCCCGCCAAGCUUCGGGACCUGUCGCGGGAGAACGUCCUUAUCACCGGUGGCGGGAGAGGCAUCGGGCGCCAGCUCGCCCGCGAGUUCGCAGAACGCGGCGCCAGAAAGAUCGUUCUCUGGGGCCGGACUGAGAAAUGCCUAAAGGAGACGACAGAGGAGAUUCGGCAGAUGGGCACCGAGUGCCACUACUUCAUCUGUGAUGUGGGCAACCGGGAGGAGGUGUAUCAGACGGCCAAAGCCGUCCGGGAGAAGGUGGGGGACAUCACCAUCCUGGUGAACAACGCUGCCGUGGUGCACGGAAAGAGCCUCAUGGACAGCGACGACGACGCCCUUCUCAAGUCCCAGCACAUCAACACCCUGGGCCAGUUCUGGACCACCAAGGCCUUCUUGCCACGCAUGCUGGAGCUGCAGAACGGCCACAUCGUGUGUCUCAACUCAGUGCUGGCGCUGUCGGCCAUCCCUGGCGCCAUCGACUACUGCACGUCCAAAGCCUCGGCCUUUGCCUUCAUGGAGAGCCUGACCCUGGGGCUGCUGGACUGUCCGGGAGUCAGUGCCACCACCGUGCUGCCCUUCCACACCAGUACCGAGAUGUUCCAGGGCCUGAGGGUCAGGUUCCCCAACCUCUUCCCCCCACUGAAGCCGGAGACGGUGGCUCGUAGGACUGUGGAAGCUGUGCAGCUCAACCAGGCCCUCCUUCUGCUCCCCUGGACCAUGCACGCCCUCAUAAUCUUGAAAAGCAUACUCCCACAGGCUGCACUUGAGGAGAUCUACAAAUUCUCAGGAACCUACACCUGCAUGAACACUUUCAAAGGGCGGACAUAAAGGCAGGAUGCAGAGACACGCUUGAAAGCUGCAGAACCUGAGGGGCCGUGGCACCUGGGCCCACGCCCAUGCGUCUGUCCCUCGGCACACUUCUGCUGGGGGAGCAGGACUGCUCCCGCCCCAGGGAAGACUUCAGCUGCCCCCCAGGCCAGCCCCAGGACCUUUGCACAGGACUGGUGGGCAUAACUCUGACCCCCAUGGUCAAGCAAGAAACCAGCCAGCAGCCGCCUUGACACUUUUGUACAUUUCUAAUUCUGUAGAGUUUAUUGUUAAAUUGCUUCUGAAGUCUAACCAGCCUCAGCAGUGUGCAUAGACAAUUUCCGGGAGGGUCUGUGUCCAGAUGCUCCUCCUUUCCUUCCAAAACCCAUUCAAUCUCAGCUUGUGCAAACUGGUUGAACGGCAGGAAUGAAAAAUAAAGAGGGAUGGCUUUUGCAAA